AGCAAGAGAACAUGGCACUCUUCAGGCAGCUGUCCCUGGGCUCUAAGGCUGCCCUGGCUGCUGUCACUGUCUUCGUUUCCAUGAUCCUUUCCCGCUCCUUUCUGGCGGAGAGCCUUGAGCUCAGGGCCUGGCGGUGGCUGUUUCGCCUGCAGCUUGCCUUCUUUGUCAACUCACUCAUGCUUAUUGGCUCCCUCUACAUAUGGCGGAGCAUAGUGAGCAACCUCUGCCCCUUCCCCAGUGGGGAGUCCACCUGCUUUCAGCUUUGGAAGCUGGUCGUUAUGUUGUUUCUGGCCCUGGCACAUUCCAGUUUCUUCACCAUGGUCUUCUUAGUGGCCGAGGAGCCCUAUCUCCUUUCCUUGGCAGCCUACUCCUGCCUGGGCGCUUAUAUCAUCAUGCUUUUCUUCCUCUGUAUCCUCAGCGGCAUGGAGCAGGCCUACCAGCUCUUGGCCUGGCGAAGUGGGAGGGUUGUGGGCAGCCUUGACAAGACGAGGAAGCUGGUACUCAGGCCUGUGCUGGCAGUCCUCGUGACCACUCUGCUCAGUGUGGUUGGGCUUCUGAAUGCUGCGCAGCCCCCAGCUGUGAAGACUGUGGAGGUGCCCAUUCAUCAGCUGCCCUCUUCUAUGAACAACCUCAAGAUUGCGCUCCUUUCAGACAUUCAUUUGGGGCCCACAGUGGGCAGGACCAAGAUGGAGAUGUUUGUGAGGAUGGUGAAUGCCCUGGGACCAGAUAUCACCGUGAUUGUGGGUGACCUGUCUGAUUCAGAAGCCUCCGUCCUGCGCACGGCCGUCGCUCCUUUGGGCCAGCUUCGUUCUCGACUCGGCACCUACUUUGUUACAGGCAAUCAUGAAUACUACACGUCAGAUGUCAGCAACUGGUUUGCACUGUUGGAAUCCCUCCACGUCCGGCCUCUUCACAAUGAUAACGUGAAGAUUUCUGCCACCCAGACCCAGCACGAGGGUGGGGAAGAAAAAGACUGGGUCUGCUUGGCAGGGGUGGAUGAUAUUGAAGCAGACAUUCUUCAUUAUUCUGGUCAUGGCAUGGAUCUUGCCAAAGCCUUGGGGGGCUGUAGCCCAGACCACACCACUAUCUUGCUAGCUCACCAACCCCUGGCUGCCAAGAGAGCCCUCCAGGAACGUCCGGAUAUUAAUCUGAUCCUUUCGGGGCACACACAUGCUGGGCAGAUUUUCCCUUUGAAUGUGGCAGUAUAUCUCCUGAACCCUUUCUUUGCUGGGCUCUACCGAGUGGCCCAGGAAACAUAUGUAUAUGUCAGCCCGGGCACGGCCUACUAUGGGAUACCCAUGAGACUGGGGAGCAGAGCAGAGAUCACCGAGCUCAUUCUACAGCGGGCACCCUGAGUGCCCCUGCCCUUGUCCUUCCCCCCAGCCUGAUCCUUCAGAGUAGUUUGCCUGCUUUGCUCCUCCAGCGUCUCCUGCCCAGCUCUGCCAGGGUCCCCUUGGCCACAACC